AUUUAGUUUACCAGCUGAAAGCAGCAGGUUGUGAAAUUGAUAUUUGAUUGUGUGAAUUGAAUUGUUUGAUAGGGAAGAUGAACAUAAAAAAGGGUGAGAUUGAGAAGGUGAAUUGGAAGAAUUUGAGUUACAGUGAAUUUGUGGAGAGAUUCAUGCAAAAAAACCAACCUUUGUUGCUCAAUGGAUUCUCGGAACAUCACAAUUGGAGAGCUUCAGUUGAUUGGGUCACCCCUCUUGGCCACCCCAAUUUUCAAUUUUUCUCCACAAAUUUUGGGGAUUCCAAAGUUCAGGUUGCAGAUUGUGACACAAGAGAGUUCACCGAUCAGAAAAGGGAGGAGAUGCUGGUUUCGGAGUUUAUAGGACGUUGCCUUCAAGAUGUUGAAGGUUCUGCAGUCCAAUGUAGCAAUAGUCACUCUGUACCGUAUUUGAAGGAUUGGCAUUUUGUAAAGGAGUAUCCAGAAUAUGUAGCUUAUAAAACUCCAAUGUUCUUUUGUGAUGAUUGGCUUAACCUGUAUCUUGACAACUACAGAAUGCAUACUGAUUCUGACACAUACCAAGAAAAUAACGAAAUAUGUUGCUCUGACUAUCGUUUUGUAUACAUGGGAGUUAAAGGAUCUUGGACUCCUCUUCAUGCCGAUGUUUUCCGGUCAUAUAGCUGGUCGGCAAAUGUUUGCGGAAAAAAGAGAUGGCUUUUUCUAGAUCCUUCCCAACAUCAUCUUGUAUUUGACAGGAAUAUGAAAAAUUGUGUAUAUAAUAUCUUUGAUGAAGUAUCUGACUCAAAAUUUCCUGGUUUCAAAAAGGCUAUCUGGUUAGAAUGCUUGCAAGAAGCAGGUGAAACUAUAUUUGUUCCCAGUGGAUGGUACCAUCAAGUUCAUAAUUUGGAGGAUACAAUAUCUAUAAACCACAACUGGUUCAAUGCGUAUAACCUUUCAUGGGUGUGGAAUUUACUUUUGAGGGACUACAACGAGGCCAACGAAUACAUAGAAGACAUCAAGGAUGUAUGUGAGGAUUUCGAAGGUCUUUGCCAGCGCAAUCUUGCUGCUAACACGGGGAUGAACUUUUAUGACUUCUUUACUUUCAUAUCACGCUUCACCUUGGCCAACAUUGUCUUGCUUUGUUAUAUAAAUGGAAGACAUGGAAAUAUCACUCAAAUCUCAUCAACAAUAGCUCAGCAUUUAUUGAUGAAUCUUGGAUCCACAAGGAAGGUUGCAUUGGAGAUGAAAGACAGGCAUGCUCUAAAAGGAAAUCAGGAUCGCGCUGUGGACAUUAUAGAAACACUUGAAGAUCCUAGGUUUUGCAAAUUGUGCAUGGAUAUAGGAAGAACAUAUGCAAUGAUACAUGAAGAGUCUCAUUUGUCCUUUGAUUUCGAGAGCGCUUCGGCUGGUGAAAUAGCGGAUCUCACUGUUUUGAAAGCAUACACUUCAUCUGAGUUCUACACACCUGAAGAUCUUGUUGAAUUUAUAGACAAUGCUGUUGCAGAACAUGGUGACUGUUACAUCAACUCAUCUGUAAUAUAACCAUGAUGGCAUGAUCAAUGCGUUCCAAAGUUCAUAUUUGAUAAGUAAUACCAUGUUCGAUUUUCCGUUUAGAAAGCUGCAAACCAUGGUUGGGCAAAAGCUACACUCUUCUCGGAGUCCUCACUACUGUUGCGAGGACUCCUUUGAUCAACGAUCUAUAAGAACUUCUGUAAGCACUCGAUGAGCCUAUCGGCAUCACUAGCCUCUUUCUACAUGCCAUGGUUUUGAAGUUCUAAACGAAAAACGAUGUUACGGUUGCACAUGAAGUAGGAUCCAGCAACUGCAUUCUUACAAUUUUUAACUGACCCUUUUGGAACUUGUCCAUGUUUGAGUAAUCUAUACUCAUUACUGUGUUUAACUGAUC